AGUCCAGAACAAGUCCAAAUUUCAGUGGCUCUGGUGCUGCCAAUAUUGAGUGCAUGUGCUGACUGCUGCCACAUAAUAAAAAAUAUAUGUAUAUCCUCACAACCAGAUUUUUUUGCUGACACAAAAAAGAAAUUCUGCUCUUGUGCAUGCAGCAUAGUUUAGUUCCUGUCUUUGCCCGCCCAAGCAGAAAACACACACGUGAAUCUCCCUUACCAAAACAGUGUCAUAGCCAGACCGGGUGAGAAGGUAGACUAACUGUCAUGGCACCUAGAGCAUUAGACUAUGAAUCGUUGAAUGAAAAUGUCAAGAAGGUUCAGUAUGCUGUUAGAGGCGAGUUGUAUCUUCGAGCUUCUGAGCUCCAGAAGGAAGGGAAGAAGAUUAUUUUCACAAAUGUCGGCAAUCCUCAUGCGCUUGGACAGAAGCCACUUACCUUUCCUCGCCAGGUGGUUGCUCUCUGCCAAGCUCCAUUUCUAUUAGAUGAUCCAAAUGUAGGAUUGUUUUUCCCUGCGGAUGCAAUUGCAAAAGCUAAACAUUAUCUUGCUAUGACUAUUGGUGGUCUAGGUGCUUACACUGACUCCCGAGGUAUGCCGGGAGUUAGGAAGGAGGUAGCAGAUUUCAUUGAAAGGCGUGAUGGAUAUCCAAGUGACCCAGAACUCAUAUUUCUCACUGAUGGUGCCAGCAAAGGUGUUAUGCAGAUCUUGAAUACUAUUAUCAGAGGUGAAAGUGAUGGGAUUUUGGUUCCAGUGCCACAGUACCCACUUUACUCUGCUGCAAUUUCUCUAUUUGGGGGCUCCCUUGUUCCAUAUUUUCUAGAAGAGACAGCAAACUGGGGUCUUGAUGUAAAUGACCUGAGACAGUCAGUUGCACAAGCUCGCUCUAAAGGAAUAACUGUAAGAGCAAUGGUGAUUAUUAACCCAGGCAACCCCACUGGUCAGUGUCUUAGUGAAGCUAAUUUAAGGGAAAUUUUGCACUUCUGUUACCAAGAAAACUUGGUUCUUCUUGGAGACGAAGUUUAUCAGCAGAACAUUUAUCAGGAUGAGCGUCCUUUUAUCAGUGCUAGAAAGGUUUUGAUGGGCAUGGGGCCACCCGUAAGCAAGGAAGUUCAGCUCAUUUCUUUCCACACCGUGUCCAAAGGAUAUUGGGGUGAAUGUGGGCAGCGGGGUGGAUACUUUGAGAUGACCAACAUUCCUCCAAAGGCUGUUGAUGAGAUUUACAAGGUUGCAUCAGUAUCACUCAGUCCAAAUGUCCCUGCACAGAUAUUCAUGGGGCUGAUGGUCAACCCGCCUAAACCUGGAGAUAUUUCAUAUGAGCAGUUCAUUAGGGAAAGCAAAGGGAUCCUGGAAUCUUUAAGGAGAAGAGCUAGGAUGAUGACUGAUGGAUUCAACAGCUGCAGAAAUGUGAUAUGCAAUUUCACAGAAGGUGCCAUGUAUUCAUUUCCUCAAAUAAGACUGCCACCUAAAGCAAUAGACGCUGCCAAAAUGGCUGGAAAAGUUCCUGAUGUUUUCUACUGUCUCAAGCUUUUGGAGGCCACUGGCAUUUCCACUGUCCCUGGUUCAGGAUUUGGACAGAAAGAAGGGGUAUUCCAUUUAAGAACCACCAUUUUACCGGCAGAGGAAGACAUGCCGGAAAUCAUGGACAGUUUCAAGAAGUUCAACGAUGAGUUCAUGGAGCAAUAUGAAGGCCACGGUGGUUAUUCAAGGUUGUAAGAAAUUCUUCAAAUUCUGCAAAUUGUAUCAUAUUAUUGGGCAGUUCAAGCCGUUUGGUAAAUGCUUCCUUGAAUUGCCUGGAUUUGGCUAUGUAAGCUAAAGUCUGUUGACGAUUCUUUCUGCUGCUAAUGAUGACUCAGACAUCAAUCGUCUGCAUGAAUACCUGCUCAA